UCAACGGCUACCAUUUUCUAUCUCACUGCUCUUUUACAUUAAAACAUCAUCUCAACUUCUUUGCACCCUUUCUUUUCUCUACCCAUCCACCUGCAAGUCUGGUGCAAUUUUGAUUCCAACAAAGCCAUAAAAAUUCUCAAGAAAAUUGUUUUACAAUCAUGUAUGAGAUAAAAACAAGCAUCUUUUUUUCAUGGAAGAAUGUUCACAUUACACCUGUGCUAUGAAAAUUGUGUUUUGGGAUGCUAUUUAAUCAUAUCAUAAUAAUGCACAGAAACAAUGACAGCCGACAAGAGUUAUCUAUAUUCUUGUCUAAUCAUUUAUAAUUUCUUUGUAUGAAGGUGCUGUUUUGGAACUUGGAAACCAUAAUAUACACAGACUAGCUAGGGAGCUUUCCUUGGAUUUUCUCAUAAUAAAUUUUCCGAUUAUCAAACAAUAAAUUGUGAUAAACAUGGGCGUCUUAGAUCUCUUCAUUACUUCAUCAAUUCCGGUGUUGAAAGUUCUGCUCAUAACUGCACUCGGAACAUUUCUUGCUCUAGAUCAUGUUGAUGUUUUGAGAGAAGAUGCUAGAAAACAUGUCAAUAAUGUUGUAUUUUAUGUAUUCAGUCCAGCACUUGUGGCCUCCAAACUUGCUGAAACUAUCACAUUCCAAAGCUUUCUGAAGCUGUGGUUCAUGCCAUUGAAUAUCCUCAUCACCUUUAUCAUUGGUUCAGCACUCGGCUGGAUUCUUGUUCAGCUGACAAAGCCUGCUGCGCACCUUCGUGGCCUCAUUGUGGGUUGCUGUGCAGCUGGGAACUUGGGGAACAUGUUUCUAAUUAUGAUCCCAGCUAUUUGUAAAGAACAGGGAAGCCCAUUUGGAGCUCCUGAAGUCUGCCAGUCUUAUGGACUUGCUUAUGUUUCACUCUCCAUGGCAAUAGGAGCCAUUUAUCUGUGGACUUACGUGUACAAUAUAGUACGGACAUCUGCAGCUGCAACCAUCGAAGAAACAAAAAAGCUCUAUGUAGGCAAAUCUUCAAGAGAAGCCUCUGCAGCUGAACUGGGAAGUUGCACAGAACCGCUUCUUACUUCCAAGGAUGCCUUGGAUUUUCAAUGCCAACUGCCUGGCAAUAGCUCAGAUGGGCAAAUGGAGGGAUCGCGCAAUAAGCUAAAGGCGCUACUUGGAAAUGUGAAUUGGAAAGCAAUAUUUGCACCUUCAACUAUAGCGGCGAUUGUCGGAUUUCUAAUUGGAGUCAUCCCUUUCAUUCGAAGGUUAAUGAUCGGCGCUGAUGCUCCUCUACGUGUAGUUCAAGACACUACUUCCUUAAUAGGAGAAGCAGCCAUCCCAACUCUUACUCUAAUUUUAGGAGGCAACCUUCUCAAAGGGCUGCAAGGUUCAGGAAUGCAAAAGUCUAUAAUUUUUGGGAUCAUAGUGGUUCGUUAUGUAGUCCUUCCUUCUAUAGGAAUUUUCAUUGUGAGAGGAGCUUUACAUUUUGGUUUAAUUCCUCCUGAUCCUCUAUACCAAUUUGUUCUCAUGCUUCAAUUUGCUGUGCCACCUGCUAUGAACAUAGGCGUCAUCACUCAGUUGUUUGGAGCUGGUGAGUCCGAAUGUUCUGUAAUUAUGCUCUGGGCCUAUUCCCUGGGUUCAUUUGCAUUAACUUUUUGGUCAGUGCUCUUCAUGUGGCUGGUAGCCUAGUUCUUGCUUUAACUUGGCACAGUGGUGCCUACUUUUCCUUUUUAUACACAGUUGAAAAUUAUGUCAUUGUAUUUAGCAAUAUAAAUGAAUUUAGAGGAGUAAUGUGGAGUAAAUCAACCAUUCUGGUUUUGAAACAUAUAAAACAUUUCUAUGUCAGCACAGAAUUCGCAUCUCCAUUUCUAAGUCUAAGUAAGCCAUGGGAGAAAAACUCAUAUUUGGCAUUCCAACCGUAGUUGGUACAGCAAUGUCAAAUUUAAACUGCAAAGUUAAUCAACCAUCCUAAUCACUUAAAGUAUGCUUGAGGAAAGCAGAUAAAUUUCCAAUACAAAGAGCAUCCAUCCAUUGGAAGUAAACUGACUGUUUCUUCAGAGAAAUUCCUUGUCCAGAUCAUCAAAAUAUGGAUGCUCCAUGGCUUUCUUUCCUGAGAUACGUUUGGAGGGCUCAUACUGCAACAUUUGCUGCAGGACAUAAAAUUCAGUCAAUAAAACAUAAAGAGAAGCAGCACUAUCCAAACAACAAAUAUUUAGUGCAUAGGAACUCACAGCUAAUAGAUCUAACCCAUCUUCAUCCAAAUUAGGAACAGCAGUGGACAGGCUUUGAGGACUCCACUGAGGAUACUCAUGCCAGUUUACUAAUUUGCCUACUCCUGGCCAUAAAUUCUCAUUUGGAGUACCUAACAACCUGCAUCAGUAAUUGAGUAUACAUCUGUAAUUCAGUAUGCAGAAAAGAAUAAAGAGGGGGCCAAGGAAACAAGAAUGAACCUGAAAAUAUGCAGAAGCUGCUGCAGUUCAGAAUCCCCAGGGAAAAGUGCUUGCUUUGUUAUCAGCUCAGCUAGAGAAAGACAAAUGAAAAGAAAGACAAUUAAAAGGUUGGAGAAACAUAGUUGAAAAGUAAAAGGGAUUAAGUGAAUGUUAUUCUAUACCAAAUAUGCAACCAACAGACCACAUGUCCACUGCAGUUGAGUAAUGAGUAGCCCCCAAAAGGACCUCAGGAGCUCUGUACCACAAGGUCAAUAUCUGAAAACAAAAAUUACAAUUUACUUUACAACUGGAAUGCCAGGGAAUAAGCAUGAAAAGGACAAAGGGUGGUGAUUAUGAACAAACAUGCUGUAUGAGCAUUACCUCAUGAGUGUACUUUUUGAUAGGAAGAACAAAUGCUCGGGCUAGUCCAAGAUCUGCGAUUUUAAGCAUCAUUGUCUUUCUAUCCAUCAAGAGGUUGUGAGGCUUAAGGUCCCUGAGCAGAGAAAACGAAUUAAUGGACGCAUCCAGAAUCUUACAAGUUGAAACAGCAAAAGAUAAUGACAAGUAACAACGAAUAGAGAAGAAAGGAACCUGUGCAAGAUUCCACGGCCAUGGCAAACAGCAAUACCCUUGCACAGUUGGUACAUCAAGCUCUGCACCGUAGCGGUAAACAUUAAAAUUGUGAACAGAAGGUCAACGAAAAAGAAGGAGGGUUAAUAUUUUACCUUGACAGAUUGAACAGGAAUGAAUUCGCCAGACUGGCGGAAAGAGCGGAUAUAUUUCUUGAGAUCAGUGUCCAUGUACUCGAAAACCAGAUAGAGAACCGUCUUGCCUUCUUUAUUCAGGCCUUGUUUGACAUCCAUUAACCUG